UUUUUUUUUUAAUUUAUUUUUCAAAUGGAGGCCCAGGGUUUUUCUCCUUGUUCCAUGGCGUCGUCUCGUCUCUUUGGCGCUGGCGCUAGGUUCUCGCAUUCCGCGAUCGUCCUCCCGGCUCCUCGGCAUCGAUUCGCAUCACGGCGAUCCGGCUACGCUGUCGCGGCUAAAGCGCAUCUCAACGAGAAUCGCGAAUAUGUGAUCGUCGGCGGUGGCAACUCUGCUGGCUACCUGGCUCACGCGUUCGCGGAGAAGGGACUGGCCGAUGGGAAGCUGUGUAUUGUAGCUAAAGAGACUGUUCCUCCUUACGAGCGUCCCGCAUUGACGAAGGCGUAUCUCUUUCCUUUAGAUGAGAAACCUGCCAGGCUACCUGGUUUUCAUACAUGUGUUGGAUCGGGAUGGGAGAGGCAAACACCGGAAUGGUACAAAGAGAAAGGAAUCGAGUUGUUGCAAGGGACUACCGUUUCUGGGCUUGAUAUUGCUGCUUCAACAUUGAAAACUUCCUCCGGCGACACAAUCAAGUAUGGAAACCUGAUAAUUGCUACAGGUUGCACUGCCGCCAGGUUGCCUGAGAAAAUCGGAGGAAACCUUCCAGGUGUUCACUAUAUUCGAGAAGUCGCUGAUGCAGAUAGUCUCGUAGCUUCCUUGAAAGGAGCAAAAAAAGCAGUUAUAAUUGGAGGUGGAUACAUAGGAUUGGAAGUUUCUGCUGCAACAUCCUCUUGGAAUAUUGAUACUACGGUUGUCUUCCCCGAACCCCAUGUAAUGUUUAGAUUAUUUACACCAUCAAUCGCGAAGCACUACGAGAAGUUUUACGAGGACCGUGGCGUUAAAUUCGUCAAGGGUCCUGUUGUCAGUAAAAUUGCUUCUGGAAGCAAUGGUCGGGUGGAGAAAGUGGAGCUAUCAGACGGGACCACGCUAGAAGCCGACGUAGUGGUGGUCGGCAUUGGUGCCAAACCUGCUAUUGGACCUUUCGUGGACGCCGGUCUCGCGACUGCGGAAGGAGGCAUUCAGGUCGAUGGUCAGUUCAGAACGAGCGUUCCGGGGAUCUCGGCAAUUGGCGACGUCGCAGCAUUCCCCUUGAAGAUGUAUGGCAGGACUACACGUGUGGAACACGUUGACCAUGCAAGAAAAUCAGCACUGCACUGUGCAAAUGCACUGCUCGAAACUCUAACAGAUCCAUACGAUUAUUUGCCUUUCUUCUAUUCGCGGGUGUUUGAAAACUCGAAGAGCUCUCGAAAGCUGUGGUGGCAGUUCUACGGUGACAAUGUGGGAGAAUCUGUGGAGUUCGGAGACUUCAACAACAAGUAUGGCGCGUUUUGGAUCGACGACGGCCGGCUCAAAGGCGUGUUUCUGGAAAGCGGCUCGCCCGAGGAAUUCGCACUACUCCCGAAGCUGGCCAGAGCACAGCCGAGUAUUGACAAGGCCAGGCUGCAAAGCGUCUCUUCGGUGGAGCAGGCCUUAGAGAUCGCGAGCAAACAAGUGGGAUCGCCACCGGCCACAGCAGCGGCAGUUGGAUAAAAAUUCUGGGCCAAGAUUUUUCGUCAAGUCGAGAGGUACGAACGAACGAGCUUUUAAGCUUUAAGGAAUGGAAUGAAUGGUGUUAUUGGGUGUUCUUGCAAUAAAAUUACAGAUGGUGGUCA